UCACUGUACUCUCUCUCUCUCCCCUGAGUCCUCUCCAACUCAGUUUGCUCUGUCCCUCAAGUCCCCUCUCGCCGCCGCCUCUUCUCUCUCCCCCAAACCCCACGCAAAACCCUCAAACCCCACUCUCAACAGCCGUCUAAGGCGGCGCAACCCCUUCCUCUUCCAAGCAAACACGAACUCUAUCACCCAGAAUGGCGACCACUGCAGCCUCCGAUGUCAGCGACGGACCGGUCCUCUCUCUCAUCAACAAGCGUAUCCGUGCCCUCCGCAAGAAAUACAACCGCAUAAUCCAGAUGGAAGAGUCUAUAGCCCAAGGCAAACCCAUCAACAAAGAGCAAGAGGAAACUCUCAAGUCCAAAUCCUCCAUCCUCCCCGCCAUCGACGAGCUCGAGAAGCUUCGCCAACCGCUCUCCGUUGCUGUCGACGAAGAAAUCAACCUCGCCAUCCAACGCCACCCAGUCUCCGCCACCGAAUCCGCUGAAACUAAAGAUCCAGAAGAAAAUAACAGGAACAAGGAGGUCGAAAGUCAAGAUGAUGGGGUGGUUAAUGAUCUGUUGAAUUUGCUUUACUUUGGGAGUAUGUUUGAUGUGAAGUCGCAGAGCGAUUUCACGGCAACGAUGCUGACGAAGACUCACGAAAGAGGGUGUUGUUUGACCUAUGAUUAUGUGACUGAUGAUGAUUCGAAUGAUCUGCUUGGUGAGAGGGACUUGGAUUUCAUCUCGAUGCUCGGUGGUCUUUUGAUUUCGCGGCCGGUGGAUUCGAGUUUAUCUCACAAGAAUGCUUUGCAAAGGUGUAUCGAGCAUGCAAAGCUUUGGCUUUUGAAGUCUGAUCAGCUCAUUGAAGCAAAUUCAGCCAUUACCUAUUCUGGGUUGAGAGAGAAGCUGAAUAAGAUUAUGGCUUCGGAUUUUUUCACGACAACACCGGAGAUGAAGGCUCCAGUAGAUGUGGCGGCUGCUGCUUCUGGAAAUUAUGGGUCUUUCCAGGUGCCGGUGCAUGGGUCACUCAAUGUGCCAGUCCAAGUGGAAGCUUCAGUUGAGCAGUAUCUGCAAGAGGAAGAAGAUGCUGCAAAUUUCCAAGGGAAUGAAACUUGUGAUAAUCAAUCUAGUCCUGUGGAAGGACCGCACGAGGGUGAAUUGGAUGUUGGUAAUUCCGAAGAAGUCUCACCCCAGAUAGAAUUGCUCAAUCUGCAUGCAGAAGUGGAACACAAUUUAAGGGAUGCGGAGUCAAAGGAGCAGCAGUAUGCUCCUCAGAGGCCAUAUCAGAACCAUAGAGGUGGUCGUGGUGUGGGUGGAAGAAGGGGCUAUACCAAUGGCCGAGGAGGUCGAGGUGGCGGCCGGGGUGGUGGGACCUACCAGAAUGGUCGCAAUCAUUAUUAUGACCAGCCCGGUAACUAUUAUCCGAGGAACUACUAUAACAAUCGGGGAAGAAGUGACAGGGUUGCCGGUGGGAAUUCUUACAGCAACCAUGGCUCGGUAGUUCAAGUUGCUCAUGCCCCAGCAGGUUCAUGA